AUGCAACUGGAUCCAACAGUUUACGAGAGCCCACCUCCUUCUCAUCAAAUCAAUCAGAUGCUGGAUGUCAGCCGUGCUGUAGAAUCUAUACGUCGCAAACAUGAACAAACGGAGAUAGAAACAAAGCAGAUAAUCGCAAAUAGUGUGAUGAUAUUCCAGACAAGGAUUGCCGACGUGACGAAACGAAGAAGGAAUUUUAGUAAAGAAGCAACUAGCAUUCUGCAGGAGUACUACGAUAGCCAUCUCGAACACCCUUACCCAACAGAAGAAGAGAAGGCUGCUCUUGCUGAGAAAUGUCAUAUCUCAAUACAGCAGGGUUCAAAUGACUUCAUGCAUCUUCGAAAUUAG